AGUUGUUUCAUUGCGUUCUUUUCUCCUCUUUCUCCCCCAUAGUUCCUUUUUUGUUCAUGCAUGCUUUUAUUAUUGACUAUCGGAUAAAAGACUCUGCUGACUUUUGGUUACUCACAAAUUCACAACAUCUAGUGACGAAUCGCUCAUCAGCAGCCCUCACCGCCUCUGGUCUCUAUCUGGUAAUUAACCGGCCCGAUGAGGCCUUUAACCUCCCUCUCCCUCCUUCUCUCUCUCUUUGGGGGGUGCCAUCGGAGUUGAGGCCGAGCGCGGGUCAGCUGGGCCAGGGUGGCUCUCGCAAGCACGCACGCAGGCUUAUCUCCGGCGGCAAUUCGAGCCCCUUUGGUCUACCAGAUCUCCAUAUCUUGAUGCCCUACUGUGCUUGUUCCAUCGAAAUUCUUGGUGGCUUUGUCCUCGAAGGUUCCAAUUUAAGCACAGAUCAACUGUCAGAUCCUUCACUUUGCCUCCCAGCCCUGGCGAACAAAGUGACUCAAAACAAUAGACGGAGGCGAAAGACCCAAGGGACCAGCCAAGCGCCCCUCACGGAUUUUGCCAUGGCCAUGGACCACCCGGUUUUCCAUGGGGGCGUACCACACGGUAACACCGGGACUUUGACUGGCCACCCGGGACUCGAUGUCCAUCGACCCCUGGGGCCUGGGGCCCAAACCCAACAAAGGCAACACAGCGACCUGAAGCAAAACACUUCCAACGUGGAAGAUGAUGCUUUAUCAAGACGGAGGAGGUUGGUCAUAAUGCAUGCGUAUUCAAAAACUGCCUUGUGCGAAGAAGGAGAUCGAAUCCUUUCGAAAGAUAGCUAUUUCCUUCUCAAACCACUGACUUCAUUUCCUCUACUACUUCCGGCACCUCGCACAGGUCGGAGUAUGAUUGAUAUGCGCUAUGUGUGCAGAGAACAAUGGUAUGAGUCUGGAGGACCACAGGCCACAGCCCAGUACCCGAUCUCGGCGCAGGUGGCCAAUGUUCGGAUGUGAAAUUCCAGGCGUGGAUCGGCAGCCGCCGCACGGUAGGGCGAUAUGUUAACUUUUGGUCCGGUCGGCCACUCUCCAGUA